AUGUUCUGCGUCCCAGAGACGCUGCCCCUGCAUUGUUACUUCGUGGGUCUGAGCUUCAAGAUGGGUAUCAAGUGCAACCUGAUGAGUACAGCUGUACCGGUCAGACCGGUCAGGAACUCGCUUCUGGACGGCAGCGGACUUGCAGCUUCUUUGGAGCCACCGACUGGCAUCAUCGAUGAUCACAUCACCCGACAUCAAGAAGCCAUGGUGAGAAUACAUGGUGCCGUACAGGACAUCUCCGCUGGUGAUGCAGAGAAGGCCUCCGACAGGGUUUGCGGUUUCAAGGCAGCAGCGGCAGAGCUCGUGGCGGAGGUUACGACACGCAUGGAGGUGCUGGCCGCAUCCCUGCGAGGCGAACUCACGGCGCAGGCGGCCGACCUGCGAGGUGACCUGGCCGCCACUCGAGCGGAACUUCUCCGUAAGAUCGAGGACAACAUCGCAGGCGGCGGAGAUGCGUCACAAGGACCCAUGGGCCUUCAAUCCAGCGCCGCCCUUGCUGGCCAACUGAACGAAGUUGUGAGGCCUUGUAGGGCUGUUUGGGGUUUUUAG